AUGGCGCCAACAGCAACCCCAACCCACCAAGAACCCCUCAAAGAUAACAGCAUCUUCCACAAACAAGGCGCUGACCCUGCAAACCUCGCUGUCGGGGGAGCCAGCGGACGAAACACCGUCCCACGCAUCGCGCAGUUUGCAUCCAAGGAAGACGAACAGCGAUACCACAAGGAACACCUCGCUGCGGCGUUCCGCGUCUUCGCUGCAAAUGGCUUUGAUGAGGGGGUAAGCGGGCAUAUGUCUUUGCGAGACCCUAUAAACCCACGGACUUUCUGGAUCAACCCAUACACAAUGCACUUCGCCGACAUAACAGUCUCAGACCUCGUCCUCGUCACCGAAGACGCAACAGUCCUGCAGGGAACGCACUCCGUCAACGCCGCCGGCUUCGCCAUCCACUCCGAGAUCCACCAAGCGCACCCCUGGAUCAACGCCGUGUGCCACGCGCACUCCACUGCGGGAAAGGCGUACAGCGCGUUUGGGAGACCCCUCCCGCCGCUGAUGCAGGACGCGCUGAAGUUCUACGGGGCCAAGCAGAGUAUCCUACGUGAGUAUGGGGGUCCUGUACUGUCGACGGAUGAGGGGAAGGCGAUUGCCGGGGUGAUUACGGCUGAUACGAACGUGGUUAUUUUGAAGAAUCAUGGGUUGCUUUCUGUGGGGACGACCAUUGAUGAGGCGGCUUAUUGGUUUUGUGCGUUUGAUCGGUGUUGUCAGGCGCAGCUGAUGAUUGACGCGGUGGGGAAUGAGAGGCCUGAAGAGGUUGAGGAGGAGAUUGCGAGGGAGUCGGUGAGGGUUCUUGGGCAGAGGCAGAGGGGCUGGUUGCAUUUUCAGCCUUAUUAUAACAAUAUGGUCAAGAAGACUGGCGGCGAGUUCUUGCUGUAG